AUGGCGCCCCAUAACGAUGUCGAUGCUUUUCAUCGUGUCCUUCAGUCAAGCAAACGUAUCCUGAUACUGUGCGGAGCUGGCUUGUCGGCCGCGUCCGGUUUGCCAACAUUCCGUGGCGCCGGCGGCUACUGGCGCCAUCACGAUGCGACUCGACUAGCGACGAUGGAGGCUUUCAGGACUGAUCCGGGCCUCGUUUGGCUAUUUUACGGUUAUCGUCGACACAUGUCCCUCAAGGCCCAGCCGAACGCUGGUCAUCGAGCCUUGGCUGCCCUCGCCAAGACAAAUCCAAAUGUUCUUUGUUUAAGUCAAAAUGUUGAUAAUCUAUCACAACGCGCCGGCUACCCUCUCCAACAGCUUCGCACUCUCCAUGGAUCUCUGUUUGAUAUCAAAUGCAGUAAUGAAAACUGCCACUGGAUGCAAAUCGGCAACUAUGACGAUCCUUUCUGCGAAUCAUUGAUUGAAGCUUCCAGAGAUGCACCACCGGGCGAGAUGCUCCCGCUUUUGGAUCCAUACCAUCGCAUCCGACACGUUCCGGAAGAGGAACUUCCCAAAUGCCCCGAAUGUCAUGUUGGCAUACAGCGUCCUGGUGUCGUCUGGUUUGGCGAAAAGCUGGAUCAGGCCAUGCUGUGGAGUAUUGACAACUGGUUGAAGAAGGACAAAGUGGACCUGAUGUUGGUCAUUGGCACGUCAGCUCAGGUAUUCCCCGCGGCAGGCUACAUCGAGGACGCACGCGACUGCGGUGCUGUCGUGGCCGUGAUCAAUCCUGACGCCGAAACCGAAGAAGAACUGGAAAAGCUAAAUCCAGAAGACUUUGCCUUUGGACAAGACGCUGCGACAUGCCUGCCAGUGCUUCUCGAACCAAUCAUCGGCACAGGGCAAGCUGAUGGCGAGUUUUCUCGAUAG